UAUAUAUAUAAACCGGGCAGAUGAUGAACGAAGGAGGGGUUUUUCAUCCAUGGCGGAGACAACAGCUCACGUGGGAGAGCUACACGAGAGGAGAUCGCUCAAAUCACAGAAAUAAAUCAGCAAGAUGGAGCGGAAACCAACUGUGGGGAAGGGACAAACAACCAUGUCGUGUGGUGGCUAGAUACACAGGGCUUCUCUCGAUCUCAAUUGAGAGUAAGUUUUUCGAUUUCCAGUCAUCGGAUUCCAUUAGUGUUACAGAGACGAAACGAGGUAAGAGUCACACUGUAUCUUUCUCUAGGGGCACGGCUCUUUGGCUAAGUGAAUGUUUAAAUCAUCCCCCAAUCGCAAAGGAUGGUUGGAGCAUUUCUAGAUUUGAGGGACAGUACACUACUUCUUUCUUAUGGGAUUCUAACCGUUUUGGCAGUUUUGUAAGGCUUAGAUCAGGAAUUCCUGGAAAUUCAAAGCAGGUGUUCAUUCCAGUGGGUCUAGACUCAGAGGGAAUUGAACUCUUUGUCCAAACACUCAAGGAAAUUGCCAAAACUCCAGAAGAUUACAGAUUUGGGCUGUCUGAACCCAAGGAAAGGGAACAGGGUGGUCAUGAAUUUGCAAGCUUGAAGGCGGGUGAGAACACUGGAACUUCCGGAUCAAAGGAUGAUGAAGAAUGCACUAUGAUUAGGGAUAGGACUAACGAUGAGGAUACUACGCGGCAACUUUCAAUCUCUUCUGAGCUUCUGAAUUUGGAUAUCGAAACGAUGGAAACGGCUUCACAGGUAUUGGCUAGUAAGGGUAAGCCUUCAUUUAAACCUGAGGCCCAACCAAACCAAGCUUGCAUUAAUCUGCUUGAACAAGUCAUCACAGAUAACUUCAACUUAUUCCAAGAGUCCCUUGGCCAAAAACAAUUCUUGACAGCACUAAAAGAAGGUCAGGUUUUGAACUUUUCAGGGCAAGCGAUUAGGAUGACAAGGGAGUCUAUUAAAAGUUUUGAAGUUAUUGAUAUAGCAGAGGUUGAAGGGACAAAAUACCCAGUAUUUCUUGCUUAUGCAAAAGAGGAUAUGGAUGCUGUUUUCGCAAGUUUGGGUGGUCUACAAAGUUUUUUAUGAGCUGUUUAUUCUGAAUAGGGUGGUUCCUGGAAGAUUUGGACUCUUUCUCUUUUUACAUUCUAUUUUUUUGAGGUUUUGUUAGGUGAUUAUCUUUAGGUGCUCGCCCUUUUAUUCUGAUUAGUUCCUACAAGGAAAACAAAAAAUAAGGUUUUCUAUAGUUGCAUAUUGGGGUUGGAUGGGUUGGUGAUCUUCACCACCAUAUUUCUGCUUAAAGUGUAUGGCAAUGUAGGCAAGGGUCUUUUUAGGAUGGAUUCACUGCAAUUUCAGCCCCUUAGCCUAGAUGGUGGAACCAUUACUGGGGGGAACAAGAUUUAGAAGCUAUUGGUUCUACUGAUUUUUGCGAGUAUAUCUAACGAGGGAAGCUUUUUCUCUUGUUCUUGGGACUUAAAUUAUUAAAUCUUCUCUUGAAGGGACUCUACGAUAUUGAGGAACAGUUUUGAGGCUGUCACUUGCAGGUUCAAUUAGCUGGUAUCCUAUCUACUGGAAAGACAAUCACAUAGGCCUGGUCCCUAUUCACUGCUAGCUCCUGUUGUGAUGUUGGGUCAAGAGGAAAACGAUUUUUGGGGGUUGUACUUUGGG